ACCCACCAUGGCUACCACCAUCAUCACCACACCCUCAAGAGAUAAUAAUAAUGAACCUGACUACGACAGCAGCUCCUCCUCCGUCACCACCACCACCACCCUCCCUGAAUCCACCCGCAGCUGGAUGAGCAACCUCAGCUUCAGCAGCCUCCGCCGCCAGAGCUCCGUCUCCGUUUUCUCCUCAUCCUCCGCCAUCACAGACACCCCUUUGUUUCUGACUUCUUCUUCUCUCCAAAGCAAGCCGCACAAGGCGAACCAAGUUGCAUGGGAGGCCAUGCAGCGGCUCCUGAGCCACCACGGGCGCGUGGGGCUCGACCACUUCCGGUUGCUGAGGCGGCUGGGGAGCGGCGACAUAGGGAACGUGUACCUUUGCCAGAUAAGGAACCCGGUGGUGGGGCUUCCGCAGUGCUUCUACGCCAUGAAGGUUGUGGACAGAGAAGCACUUGCCAUAAGGAAGAAGCUUCAUAGAGCGGAGAUGGAGAAGGAGAUUCUUGGAAUGCUUGAUCACCCUUUCUUGCCAACUUUGUACACUCAGUUUGAAGCUUCUCACUACUCUUGCUUGCUCAUGGAGUUCUGCCCCGGCGGCGACUUAUACGCUGCUCGCCAACGCCAGCCCGGCAAGCGCUUCUCCAUUGCUUCCGCUAAGUUCUAUGGAGCGGAGACACUUUUGGCGGUAGAAUAUCUUCACAUGAUGGGGAUAGUGUACAGGGAUUUGAAGCCGGAGAACGUUCUGGUGAGGGAAGACGGCCACAUAAUGCUAUCGGAUUUCGAUCUCUCUCUCAAAUGCGACGUCGUUCCCAAGCUCCUAAGGACCAAAACUACCACCAGAUUGGAACGCACCAUUAAGUCCACAAAGACCAGAUCCUGCGCCACCGCACCCAUCCAGCCAGUACUCUCAUGCUUCUCACUAUCUUCAUCAAGAAACAAGAAACGUUCCCCGACCGUUACAACCGUCAUAACAGAAAACGCUAACCACGUUCAAGAACUCGAUCCAGAGCUCGUAGCGGAGCCAAUAGAAGCAAGGUCGAAAUCGUUCGUCGGAACGCACGAGUAUUUGGCGCCGGAAGUGAUCUUAGGUCAAGGCCAUGGCAGCGCCGUGGAUUGGUGGACUUUCGGAGUGUUCUUGUAUGAGAUGCUGUACGGAAGAACGCCGUUCAAAGGCGAGAAUAAUGAGAAGACGCUGUUGAAUAUUCUCAAGAUGCCGUUGGUUUUUCCAAGGAUUGCGGUUACUAGUAGCAAGGAGUAUGAGGAGAUGGUGAAGGUUCAAGAUCUUAUAAGCAAGCUUUUGGUGAAGAAUCCAAACAAGAGGAUUGGCAGUUGCAUGGGUUCUCUUGAGAUUAAGAGGCAUGACUUCUUUAAGCCUGUUAAUUGGGCUUUGAUUAGGUCUAUUAAGCCACCCGAGGUGCCUAAUCAUAUCAAUAAUAACAUCCUUAGGAGUAGGGUUUUCAUGCCUAGUAGAUUAACCAAGAAAGAAAGAGAUCAACCCUAUAAGCUUAGUCAUCAUCAUUUUGAAUACUUCUAAGAAUGUAAAUACUUUACCUCAACUUUUCUCACCACAUAUAUAUGUGUUUCUUCCUUAUCAUCAACAUA